CAUCGCUUACCACCAGGCGAGAUCACUAUCUCGAUAUAAAUAAAAGCCCAAGGAGUGUACUACCUACAAUGUAGCUCCUACAUAAUUUAUUAUCUAUGUAACAGGAAGUGCUUUGAAAAAAAUUAAGAAAUUUGCAGAUUUUCAGUGACAAUUUGAAAAAAUGGCCGCGUUCGCAUGUUUCAGUAACAGUAACGAAAAAACAACAGCUUCGUACCGAGCACUUAUACAACGAUUAAGAGAUGAAGGCCAAAAGGCGAUGGCAAACCAACCCCCGAUUGUUAGCAUCGCUAGUUUCAAAUUUUAUUCAGCUCAUAAGGAGGAGUCACGACAUGUCUUUAAAGAUUUCAUUUACAAAUUGAGAAUGAAGAUGUUUGAGGAUCCGUAUAUCCUGCUGUGUGAUAACCCUACGCCGAUAUUUAAAUGUUUCGUCCGACUUAUCCAGCGCUUGAAACUACGAGACGGUGUAGAAUCCAGUGCUUUCUACGGAGAAAUCAAAAAGGUCAUAACGGGUUUUAUGAAUUACUACACAUUUGUAAUAGACGACGUGGUGAAGAAAAUUGACAAAUAUACGCACAUAUUGGAUAAUAAACUUUUUACAAGGUUAAUUGAUGAGACUAUGGAAAUUUUCAAAAAGAACCAAGCCGCUUUUCUCAAGGAAUAUUCACCAAUAAAAAAUGAUACAGAAAGGGCAAAUUACAAUCGGGUUAUAGAAGGACAGGAAAAGUUUAUAGCUUAUCUAGAAGAUAUGAGAGUGACGUGGAAGACUAAACAUGACAAGUUUCAGAUAUUCGUAAAGGGCUGCUUUCAGGGUUCCCUACAGAAAAUUAUAUUUGGGUACACAAUGGAGCAAUAA